AUGUCGCCCACCCACGAGGUCGCCGAGAAGCACGACUGGCGAGGAAGCAGUGGCGGGAAGGCGUCGUCCUUUGACCCUCUCAGACUGGCAGAAGGCUCCGGCAGCCCCGAGGGCCGGCGUGAGGGCUUCAAGGAAGGAUGCCUUCCCGGAGAGGAUGACGCGCUGCUGGAGCUGGAGCUGAAGCCGGUUGGAGAACGUACUGAACCGGGCGUUGUAGAUCACUACGAAAACCCUCGGAACGUGGGCUCCCUGGAUAAGAGCGCGAAGAAUGUCGGGACGGGCCUUGUGGGAGCCCCAGCCUGUGGGGACGUUAUGAAGCUGCAGGUUGAAGUGGACGAAAACGGGAAAAUCAUCGAUGCCAGGUUUAAGACGUUUGGCUGCGGGUCAGCAAUCGCUUCAAGUUCCUUGGCUACUGAAUGGGUGAAGGGGAAGACGGUUGACGAAGCCUUAAAGAUCAGAAACACAGAUAUCGCUAAAGAGCUCUGUCUUCCUCCAGUAAAAUUGCACUGCUCCAUGCUGGCAGAAGAUGCGAUCAAGGCUGCCUUAGCCGAUUACAAGUUGAAACAGGGACCGAAGAGUUCCGAGGCAGAGAAAAAUAGCCCCAGCGCUUAGAAUCCUGGCCUCAAAAGCUGGAAGCCUGCCCGGGUUCUCUUCAUUCCAGUUGCAACGCAGUGCAAUUUCAGUAGAGAGCACGUCACCUUUUUGGAAACACGCACAUCAAUUCUGCACAACAUCAGACUCUCCCACCAUGAAGAGGGCAGGCUUGGCUUCCUGUGACAUCACCUCGAGCUCUUUGCCCCUACCUUUCCUCUCCCUUGUUUCCAUGUGUGUGAAAUGAGAACGUCACCUUGUGAUUUCCGUGUGAGAAUUUCUCUGUAGCCGAUAGCAAGCAAACCAUUUCACGCUUCCGUGUGUAGUGAGGGGCGGGGUUGCCCCGGGGCAGCUGAGGGGGUUGUGAGCAACAGCCCCAUCAUCCUUUCGGGUGAGAUUUUCCCCGUUGAGGCAGCGCUGUGUCCCGUGGGAAAUGCAGCAGCGACGAAACGACGGAGUGGCCUUUUCGGGGCGAAGAAGAGCAAGCGGCACGGGAGGGGUCUGCACGGAGCAUCCUCCUAGCCUGGAGUGGUCUCCCACAGCGGACCGAGACAAACCGUGCGCUCCUCUUUCUGAGGGUGGGUUUUAAGAAGGAAUGCCUUGCCUUGACCAAGCUGUUAUAUGCACAAGUGUCAGAUUAUUUUAUGUAUCCCACGCUCUAUAAAUAGAAAGAUGGCA